AUGUUCUCCUUCGCCAUUCACGUCUGCAGCGUCUUGCUCGCACCUUUCGGGUUGGUCUGUGGUCUCCUCAAGAUCCUGGAGGACCCUGAAGCUGCCGGUCCACCCAGCGGCUACAGCAUCGUUCCCAUCGAGUUGGACGUGCCCAUCGACCUCAACACCCCCGGCAGUGCCACUGUUCACCUGAGCGGUACCAUCCAGGACGUCGUGGCCCGGCAUUGCGGCUGGUGCCUUGGAAAUCUACAACCAAUGCCGAUGGCCAGGUAUCGACAUGUGUGGUGGGACCAUCUUUUACAAGGAUGGGCGGGCGGUGCUUUAGUUGUGGAAUUGGUCUACCUAGAGACGACAUUAAUACUGAAUGAGACGGCUACCUUACCUUACACACGACAGAGUACAGAGGAGCUCCUUUUGCAACGUACCUUAUCAAUCCAUGCAUCUCUCACCCAAUCGGUCCGCCCUCCCGCAUCUCCACCUCGGCACUUGGGCAAGCCAGCCCCUCACUCCCGUGCCCCCAUGCUCCCCCGGAUUUUCUAG